AUGACUCUAUCAUUCGUAAAAGUUAUUAAAACAAUUCUCGGAAAGGAACAAUCGGAAGGCGUCGGAGCUCGAGUCAUCCGAACCAUCGGAGGACAAGUUUCUUACCAUGAUCCAUUUCUAUUAUUGGAUGAAUUUAAGGUUUCGAAACCUGCAGGAUUUCCCGAUCAUCCUCAUCGAGGUUUUGAAACAGUCACCUACAUGUUGGAUGGCUCAUUCCGACACAAAGACAAUCAGGGAAACAGCGGAGUGAUUGGUCCGGGAGAUAUUCAAUGGAUGACUGCAGGACGAGGUGUCGUUCACAGUGAAAUGCCAGAAGGAAGUGGUGUGAAUACUGGAAUGCAACUUUGGGUCAAUCUCAAGGCAAAGGAUAAGAUGGUAGAGCCACAAUAUCAAGAUUUGAAAGCUUCAAACAUUCCAAAAAAGAAUAUUGAUGAAUUUACAACCAUUUCCGUGAUUGGAGGAAAGAGUCAAUCGGUGGAAAUUGAAAGUCCUCUCAAAUUGAGAACGAAGGUCUUGUAUUUUGAUCUCAAAAUUACAAAGAACGGACAUUCUUACAGAGAAAUCAUUCCAAAAGGUUAUCAAGGAUUUGUUUAUGUCAUUAAGGGAUCUGGAAAAUUGCUUCAAGAUAAUAACAAGUCAGAAAAUGCUCCAGAAAAAUCAGCCUUACUGUUUAAGGAAACCACUGAGGAUCAAGCAUUCGAGUUUGUGACCACCUCUGACGCCACACAAUUUGUUGUGAUUGCUGGUGAGCCAAUGAAAGAGCCCAUGUCUCGAUAUGGCCCAUUUGUCAUGAACACUCAAGAAGAGAUUUAUCAGGCCUUCGAAGAUUAUCAAUCCGGAAAGUUUAAAUAA